GCUGCGGCAAGGUUUGGGCGCGGCCAGGCGGCACGCGUCGCGGCGGUGGCUUGGGUCUUUGGGCGUGUCGCCAUCUUUCGGCAGUUGGAGCUUCGUGUCGAGUAUGGUGUCGUUGCCACAUCCUGAGAAGAAGCAAGGGGAAGAUGCCGCGUUCUGUACGCCAACGACAAUUGGGGUCGCCGACGGUGUUGGCGGGUGGGCUCGAAAGGGCAUUGACUCUGGUGCGUAUUCGCGCAUGCUCAUGGCCUCGUGUGAAGCCAGCACGUUGACGGAGCCCAAGGCUCGGCUGACAGAUGCCUACAACAACACUUCGGUUCCUGGUAGCUCCACGGCGUGCAUCGUACAUAUCGACGACGCCAAACUCAGCACCGUCAACGUCGGGGACUCGGGGUUUCUCCUGUGUCGGCAAAAGGCGGACAAGUGGACACUUCUGUACGAAUCUCCGUCGCAAUGCCACUAUUUCAAUUGUCCGUAUCAGCUCGGAUUUGGCAGCCGCGACACGCCCGAGCAUGGCGACACCCAAGUGAUCGCGGUCGAACCCAACGACCUUGUCUUGCUAGCCACGGAUGGCCUAUUCGACAACAUUUCACCGCCGCAUCUGGUCGAGCUCCUCAACCUGAUUUCCGCCGAAAGUGUUGUUCGUGGCCAUGACGCGUCGCAAGCAAUGCAGUUCUUGGCGACCACCGUGGUAGACGUUGCACACGACGUGGCCAAGUCGCAUACCCGGAUGACACCGUUCGCGUUGGCGGCGCGCCAAGCUGGCUACAAGGACACUGCCGGUGGCAAGAUGGACGACAUCACGGUGGUGGCCGCGCUCGUGCAAUGCACCGACUAACGGACGGAGGCGAUCGAGGAAUAAGCAAUUCAAACAACGAUAUGCAAUCAUCUUUAC